UGGCGGCGCGGCAGCGGAGCGCGCAGCACAACCAUGCCCCGCGCUGACCGGCACAAGAAAUAAUUUGUGGGGCGGACAAAUACCUAUAUAUACAAGGAAAACUAUUUCUAUUUGUACUAUUAUCCAAUAAAAAUGACUAAGAACGCAGAAGGCUCGCGGGAGGACCUGUCAAAAAUUGCGGACGAAGAGCUGAUGAAGUGGAGUAAGGAGGAGCUGGUGAGGAGACUUAGGAGAUCUGAUGCCGAAAAGAUGACGGUCAUGAUCGAUCACAGCAACCUGAUCAAAGAAGUGAACCGGCGGUUGCAGGUGCACCUGACUGAGAUUCGGGGGCUGAAAGACAUCAACCAGAAGCUGCAGGAGGACAACCAAGAGCUCAGGGACCUCUGCUGCUUCCUGGACGACGACCGGCAGAAAGGCAAGAAGGUGUCGCGGGAGUGGCAGCGGCUGGGCAGGUACACUGCGGGAGUGAUGCGCAAAGAAGUUACCUUGUACCUGCAGAAAAUGAAGGAGCUGGAGGCCAGGCAAGACGAGGUGGUGAGAGAGAACUUGGAGCUGAAGGAGAUGUGCCUGCUGCUGGACGAGGAGAGGGGUGUGGGCAGCCGUUGCUCUAUAGACAGUCAGUCCAGUCUGCUGCACCUGAGCGCCACAAGUGGUUCAAGAGAUGUGGGCGACGGGAGUAGUACCUCCAGCACGGGCAGCACCGACAGCCCCGAGCACCACAGCCAGCUGGCAGGGGGCAGCCCUGAGCAUCUCCAGAAGCACCGGGCACCCGGCGGGGGCAGCCCCGAGCACCUGCAAAAGCAUCGAGGAGGAGGUAGCCCCGAGCACCAGAAGUACAGCCUGAACACCGGCAGCCCAGAGCUCCUGCCCAAGCACAUGAGCAGCAGCGCCGAGCACCUCCCCAAGCACAUGAUCAGCUCGAGUCCCGAGCACCCAAAGCACAUGAUGAUUGGCACCCCGACUCCGGAGCAUCUGCAGCAGCACCGGGGUGCUAGCCCCGAGCGCCUUAAACAACACUACGGAGGCAAUUCUGAGCACUUUAAACACCUGGGCAGCAGCAGCAGGGAAGGAACUCUGCGGAGGCCAUCGGCAGCAGCAGCAGACGAGCUUUCGCCUCAUCACAGAAGUAUAUACAAUGGGAUGAAUGAGCCGGCACUUACCUAUGUCAAACAGCUGGAGACCAGAGUGAAACAGCUUGAGGAAGAAAACCGGAUGUUACCCCAGGUGCAGAGUGAGCAAGAAACAAAAUCAGAGCACUCGUUACCUAAGGCUGCAUUUGUGCGAAUGUCAGAGGCUGAUGGGACUUUGUUACUUCCAAACCAUCAGGCUGGGAAAUGUGGAUCUAAUUCACCAACUCAGAAACCUGAGGCUGUGGUCCAUGCUAUCAAGGUUGUGGAAGUGCAUGAAAGUGUGGAAAAGGAAGAGAAAGAGAAGGACCUGAGUGAAACAGAGAAAGCUAUUGUGAGAGAAAUGUGUAAUGUGAGUAAAUUGUGCCACAGCAUUCAGCUCCUGCUGUGCCUCCCGCCCAACUCGCAUAUAGUGGAUCCUUAGUCACUGAAAGCAAACCAAGUAAGAUUGAGAAUUCAAGAGCAAAUGUUGUACUUCUUUUUGUGAAAGUAAAGCCCAUUUAUGUAGCAAAAGGACUUGUUUCUUGUCUCAUUGCAGGUACAGCAAGCAUUUUUGCUCUCUUUGGUGUGGUUCUCAGUUUACUUUGUGCUGGAACAAGUAUGAAAGCCUAACCAUAUCUUAAAAUAGAUCAUUCAGUUUAAUAUGUCAUGUUCAGUUUGUUGUGUUAAUUGUUCCUAAAACCAAGUUAUUAGUGAGAUAUGUACUAACAAUAAAGUGUUGACCUCAGUUGUCUGUAGAAGAAAAUUCAGCCAAUAUUCUAUAGCAGCUCGGUCAUUCCUGAGCAUCAGAUGCCUCAAAUCUCAAUCCCAAAAGCCAGCAUACUAAUAAAACUCAGAUAGCUUCAAGAUUUCUUAUUAAAUGAACCAUAAUAUGAAUACACAAUGAAGGCAUUUUGUAGGAAACAUUGUUAAAUUCAGAUGAGAAGAAAUAAGAGUUAAGGAUGAACUGAAAGGUGUCAGCACCAUUUUGCAAUGUGGAAUGUAAUGUUACACCGUUGUGCAGAUUGUCCGGAUGUAACAGGCAGCUCAUGGGCAGUACUUUAAGUAUGGAAAGAAGAAUGUUGUUAUGGCCGGAAAGAAAGUGAAAAUUCUAAACAGAGAAUAACAGGAUAAAUUAUAACUUAUAGAUAAUAGUAGUAUAUAGCAUCUAUGAAUGAUUUUAAAUGCUAUUAAUGAAUUCAGAAUGCAGAGAGAAAAUAAUAAAUAUUUGAAUAAAUGUGGUUGAUGAUGCCCACUGGAUUUUAUUUUGGAUCCGUAAGCUUUCAAUAUCAUAGAAAUAACUCUAACUUGGUCAGCAUUCAGACAUUAUUAUUAAAGCACUAUUCAUAGAGUUAGUAG